AUGGUCGAGUCAGUGAAGGCAAAUGGGCCAAGUUCCUCGGACAUGGAGUACUAUUACAAGUCUCUCUACCCGUUCAAGCAUAUUUUCAAUUGGUUGAACCAUUCGCCUAAACCUUCUAGGGAUAUGAUCAAUAGGGAGUUCGCCAUGGCUUUCAGAUCAGGUGCUUACAAGAGAUACAACUCCUUCAAUUCUGUGCAAGAGUUCAAAGCGCAGAUUGAAAAGGGCAACCCAGACAGAUUCGAAAUAGGUGCCAUAUACAAUAAACCGCCAAGGGAACGUGAUACCCUUCUGAAAAGCGAAUUGAGGCCCCUGGAGAAGGAGUUGGUGUUCGAUAUUGAUAUGGACGAUUACGAUGCUUUCAGGACAUGCUGUUCCGGGGCCCAAGUUUGCUUUAAGUGUUGGAAAUUUAUAUCUUUGGCAAUGAAAAUAAUGAAUACGGCUCUGACGGAAGAUUUUGGCUACAAGAACUUUAUUUGGAUCUUUUCGGGUAGACGUGGUGCCCAUUGUUGGGUAAGUGACAAACGUGCUCGGGCCCUAACGGAUAUACAGAGAAGAAAUGUCUUGGAUUACGUUAACGUCGUCAGAGAUAGAAAUACUGAUAAGAGGCUAGCUUUGAAGAGACCUUACCACCCUCACCUCGCUCGUUCGUUGGACCAGUUGAAACCCUUCUUUGUCAGCAUCAUGCUCGAAGAGCAAAACCCUUGGCAAGAUGACCAGCAUGCCAUCCAAACUUUAUUGCCUGCAUUAUAUGAUAAACAACUGAUCGAAUCAUUAAGAAAGUAUUGGUUGGAGAACCCUGGGAGGUCAAGCAAAGAAAAAUGGAAUGAUAUAGAUCAGGUGGCCACGUCUCUUUUUAAAGGACCCAAGCAAGACUCUCAUAUAGCAAGGUUGCGUGAGUGUAAGGAAGAUCUUGUAUUAAUGACCUUAUACCCUAAACUGGAUGUGGAAGUCACAAAGCAAACAAUACAUUUACUGAAGGCACCCUUCUGUAUUCAUCCUGCUACAGGGAACGUCUGUGUGCCCAUUGAUGAAUCGUUUACUCCAGAAAAGGCGCCGAAAUUGAUUGCUUUACAAACUGAAAUGGAAAAAAAUAAUGACGUUUCACUAACCUCUUUGCAACCUUUUAUCGAUCAAUUUCACACGUACGUGAAUUCUCUUUUGAAAAGUGAACUGGGUUCAGUUAAAAGAGAACGUGACGAUGAUGAAGAUAAUGAAUCGGCUUCCUUAGAUUUCUGA